AUGUUUUUUCCACUGUGUUGUUUUCAACGGCAGAGGGACACACUGUGGGGGUUCAUCCGAAGGUCCAGCAGUGUAGCAGCGCCCAAGGCAGAGGCGCACCAGCCAAUCAUCUCCUCCACCAGCCCCCCCCACGAUCCCUCUGACACCCUUGACUCCGUCUCACCAUCCCUUCCUGGGGAAGAAUGCCGUGCUGAGGAUUUUCCUGGCAGUUCUAGUGCUAGUGCUACACUUGGGCAGGAUAGGCUUCCUAGGAAGAUAUUCUCCUUCAUGCCUCGGUCCUCCUAUGCUAAGCUCAAGGUGAGUGGCGAAGAGGGGUGGAGCUCGGUUGACAGUGUUCCUAGGAAGAUCUUCUCCUUCAUGCCACGGUCCUCUUAUGCUAAGCUCAAGGUGAGUGGCGAAGAGGGGUGGAGCUCGGUUGACAGUGUUCCUAGGAAGAUCUUCUCCUUCAUGCCACGGUCCUCUUAUGCUAAGCUCAAGUCCCCUGCUGGUGACCUAGCCUCCUUUGCCCCUUUCCGCACCACCACAGCCACCGUUGGGGUGGCAGGUAGGGGGGAUUUUUUAGCUGCCAGGAAAAUCCCGCCACCAGUGCAGCAUUCAGCAGCAUCUGGCGGCCCUCUCGCUCCUGCUGGCGACUUGGCCGCGUUUUCUGACUUUGGGAGCACUGCUUCCGACCCUUCAAGCCUGAACGCUUCAACAAACCCUUUCUUGAGUGCAAUGGGAGAUCCCACAACAGCAGCAAGGGUUGGAGAACCAGGAGGAGUUUCUACUGAAGGGAAGGGAGGACACGCUACAGCUGGACCGAUCUACACUGAGCCUGAGUCACCAGGGUGGCCUAGUACGGUGUCUCAAGAUGAUCCCUUGGAGUCACCUGCUGCGCUUCUCGGGGGCCGGUCAGAUUUGAAGUCCAAGGUCUACCUACCGGGAACAGGCCCUUUCUUUGACAUUGCCAUGAAGCUGGGAGCUUUUGCUGCAAAGCUAUACAGGCGAGUGAAGCCGUCCAAGUACAGGAAGCGCAAGGACUAUGCUAGUAUCGAGUUGGCUACUAUGGAGUCUCGCAGCAUGGCCGCCACCUUCCUAGCCGCAUUCGGCGAGCCUGUCAGCAAUGACAGCCGCACCUACGUCACCUUGGUCCCUGCACACGCCCAGGUAUCGGCAGUGAGAUUGCCGAACACGGUGGGGAAUGUGGAGGACUUGCCUUGUUAUCUACCUCUUAUCUUUCUCUCUUUCCCCCUCUCCGCACACACCCUCCCCCCUCCCUUUCUUCAGGACAAGCAAGCAGCGUUCUCUGCCUUCCGCGCAUCCCACGCAGUGAUGCACCAACCAAUCCAAAAGGCAGCAAGGGCACUGGUAUCGGCUGUACAAUUGCUCGACACGGUGGUGAAUGUGGAGGAUUUGGCGAAAUACGAUCCCUCGGGAGUGCUCAAUAUGGUUGUUUCCUUUGGACACCCCAUGUGCCGCGAUGUGGUGAAUGUGGACGACUUGGCGAAAUACGAUCCAUCGGGAGUGCUCAAUAUGGUGGUGUCAUUCGGGCACCCCAUAUGCCGCGAUGACACGGUGGUGAAUGUGGAGGACUUGGCGAAAUACGACCCAUCAGGCGUACUCAAUAUGGUGGUUUCCUUUGGCCACCCCAUGUGCCGCGAUGGUAAGGAGGAGGAAGGGACAAGAGCUCAUAAGCACUCCUAUCAUUCAGCAGUGAGGCUGCUAGACACGGUGGUGAAUGUGGAGGACUUGGCGAAAUACGACCCGUCGGGCGUGCUCAACAUGGUGGUCUCCUUCGGAAAUUUAUGUGUCGCGAUGUUGGUGAAAUACGACCCGUCGGGCGUACUCAACAUGGGCGUGUCGUUCGGACACCCCAUGUGCCGCGAUGGUGAGUCAUGGGGCGGAGAGGAUGAGCAUUAG